UGCUUUUAUAAUAGACCUUGUCUGCGGUGUGGUUGGCUUUGAGUUUGCACCACUGAUGGCGCGAGACUCGUUCGGGGUCAAUUCACUGCUAACGCCGGAGCUGCAUCUGUUUUUGUGUUGAUUGUCUGUAGUGAUAACCCGUGUCCAUGAAGCCACUUCCUUGGACAGGUGACGGCUGGGCACAGGGUUGUCACUGGACAGCAUCAAGAUUAUGCAUGCAUGGGCCUCCUUCGAGACCCAAUCUUCAAUCACUUAAUGUGUUUUCUCCGGAGGAUGUUCCACGUGAGGAUCGUGCAUAGUGAGCUGUUGUGGAUAACGAACAUCAUUGGACAGCAUCCACUUGGAAUCGGGAGGCUAUGGGAAGGGCCAGCGUUUUGGUGUGCGGGUUUUGGUCACUGUUGGUUUGUGCGCAUUGUUUCUGACCGGCUAUAUUUAACGACCAUGAUGUCACGAAUUUCCUAUGACGAGAACUUUGGAUUACAUUGUUGUGGCUCAGCUGUUUCUUUUUUUUUUGUUUUUUUUUUUUCUUUACCCCGUUUGUUUCCUUCUACCUUUUCCUUAGUUUUAUCCACUCUCUCCAUUCUUGCAUCUCCGGGGAGAUUCGGCCGGCUGAGGUCGUUUCCCGGGGUACAUGUGUGUGCAUCGUUUCCUUCUGACAUGUAUGGGCAUUUGAAAAAUCUAUGGGCUUCCAGACUUGAAUGCGGGGUUCAUUCGGGAUGGGUGUAGGUUUAUAGUGAAAGUACGAGUAGCUUCGCAAGAGAAAGACGGACUCGGGUAACAA